ACCUUCCGUUAUCACUUAUCCGACAAUACAUCCUCCUCCCUCCGUCUUCUCAACCAUUCGUGGGCUUUAUGGAUUUCAGAUUCGAUUCCCCUUCCAUCGCCGCCGCCACACCACCUGUUACGCCUCGAUCUCCGUCGGAUUAUAUCAUCUCAAUUCGCACAAUCCCCCUCCUCUCGAUACGCCAAUCCCGUCUUACCGAUCCCCAAUAGGUUUAAAUAUUCUAUCUUCUUUUGUCCCCAAUUUUUUUUCCUUUUCCUUGUUAAAAUUCCUCAUUGCUCAAUUUUAUCUUAAGGCGGAAUUUUAAGUUAAGUUAGCAGAUAUCCGGCUAAUUUAUUAUUUUUUUUUGGGGGGUGGGGGGCGCCGCCGCUUAAGAUAUAUGAGCGCCUCCACCAGUGAAAGCCCUGGGGGUGGGAAUAGGGCUAAAGCUAAAAGUAGCUCCGGUUGGAGGGCUUUUGACCUUAGUCAAAGACGGAAACAGCUGAAUAUUGAAUCUGCAGAUGAUUCUGAGUCUGCGGCGUAUCCCUUGUUAUCAGGCCCACCUGUCGUCCCACAAAGCUUACUUAACAAAAAUGGAGUAUUAUUAGAGAAGAAGCCCUUUUCUUCUGUUGUUGUAGAUUCAAUGAAUUUCCCUUCCUUACUUGAUACCCAAAACAGAAACUUUCAAACACCAGUUGUACCACCUACCAAUAAUUCGAUUCCUGUCACAGUUAAUAAGGCUUAUCAGAAGCUUAAGUUUCUUCAUUCGUGGGCGGAAGAAACCUUGAUUCUGGAUGUCUUGGCUGGUGUUAAUAACAAUAUUGAUGAGGCUUUAUCUUUACUGCAAGCAAUGCUCAUCUCUGAUGCCAACACCAACCAACUUGAGUCGAGCACGAAUCAUUUUACAGGAGAAUCAUCUGCAGAUAUGAGCAUUUCCUCCAACGAUAUUAAGGAGGAUGAGUCACGACCUUCCGUGCAAUUACUGGAUGCUGCCAAGUCUUUGCCCAUUGAACCCGAGUUUGAGUUUGAACAAGAUGAUGUUUAUCUAAUUUAUCGAAAAGAUGCAAUAAGGAUGACAAGAUCAGCUUCUCGUCAUUCUAAAGCUGCAAAUGAUGCAUAUUUAAGAGGCGACCAUACAUCCGCGCUUCGUUUCUCACUUAAAGCGCAGGAAGAUUGGACUGAUGCUGAGAAGCUUAACGCCAAAGCAGCCAAGGAAAUCCUGACUCUCAGGAAUCAUAAAAAUGAUCCAUGGACAUUGGAUUUGCAUGGUCUUCACUCAGCCGAAGCAGUUGAAGCAUUGCGUGAACGUUUACAAAAUGUUGAAAAUCUUGUGAAAAAAACAAAUUACUUAGCGACAUCAAAUGGAGUCCACAAGGAAUCAGGCUUGUCAGUUGCUGCAUCUGUGCAAUCUAAUACUUCAUUUAAGAUGGAAAAUUUUGGGAGGCACCAUCCCUCAUCUAGGCACAGGCCAAUGUUAUUACAAGUCAUAACAGGAAAGGGUAACCAUAGCAGGGGAGAAGCUGCACUACCAUCAGCUAUCAGAAGCUUUCUCACUGAGAAUAGGUACCAUUUUGAUGAGACUAGGGCUGGGGUGAUCAUGAUACGGCCCAAGUUGAGAUACUAAUUCUGCUAAUUGCACAACUUAGUUUAACUCAUCUACAUUGUUCUAGUGCAUAAAUUUGAAUUACUUAGAUGUACUUGGUAAUCUUCUGCCUUGAAGUCGGGUUUGUGUGAGUGGGAACUUGUACAGUCAACUCUAGAAAGGUUGGUUGUAAAUUUUACCCUUAUUGUAUUAGUUUGGAUUCUUUUACUGAAAUGAGAGAGCUCUGCAAC